AUGAAGUGUAAGCCAGCUAUCACGACAGUCUCUCUUGGAUCAUGCAAUUUUCAUAGCAUCUUUGUCAAAAUUGAUGAGGCCGCACGAAAUGGAAUCAACGCAAUUGAACUCUUCAUCGACGACCUUGAGGCCCUCGCCAGAGACAUCAGCCCAAAGCCUGGCACCUUGAUCCCUUCUCGUGAAUGUAUAUUAGCGGCUGCUUAUCAGAUUCGCCGCCAAUGUGACAGGUUAAACAUCAUUAUCCUCAACCUCCAGCCCUUGCGAUUUUACGAAGGUCUGGUUGAUCGCAAAAAGCGCAACCAAAUCCUAGAUGAGGUGCUUCCAGUAUGGAUGGACGCGCUCAAAAUCCUCGGCGCAGACACCAUUUUGGUUCCCUCCAACUUCCUACCCGAAAACCCCGCGACUGAGCUUCCUCAGACAGUCGGCGACUUUAACAUAAUUGUCGAAGAUCUGCGUGAACUAGCUGCACGCGGCGCUCAACACGAGCAUUCCAUCAAAUUUGCCUACGAGGCACUCGCUUGGGGAACGCACGUCAAUACAUGGGAAAAGUCUUGGAAAAUUGUGCAGGCGGUUAAUCGCCCCAAUCUAGGCCUCGCCCUGGAUACGUUCAAUAUUGCCGGCGCCAUUUACGCCGAUCCCACCACUGAAGACGGUCGCGUGGGGGACACGGCUGAGGCUGAUUUGUCCGCUUCGCUAGCUCGUAUGGCCACUACUUUGGAUGUCAGCAAGCUGUUUAUCGUCCAAAUAGCUGACGGAGAGCGUCUUGCCGAGCCACUCCGCGCAGGCCACCCUUUCUUUGUUGCCAGCCAGCCCAGCCGACUGAGCUGGUCUCGAAACUGUCGGCUUUUUCUUUGUGAGCCCGACCGUGGUGGCUUUCUACCUGUUCUCGCCAUACUAAGAGUCAUCCUCGAUCUUGGUUGGACAGGAUACCUUGCACAUGAGGUUUUCUCGCGUUCAUUGGCAGACAGCCAUCACCAAAUACCAGCCUUACAUGCGGAGCGGGCGAAGAAAUCCUGGCAGAAGCUAUGCAAAAUCAUAGAGACCCAAGCAAAUCAAUCCAAUUUUCGCAGCACCAGUGGAUUCAAAGUACCAGGCAUGGGAUUGCUGGACACCGUGAUACAUGAGGUGGAGAGGGGAUUGGACACUGGAUUCUCGUUUGGGCACAGCGUAAUACAACAAAAUUUGCGGAAAUAA